GGCAUUUUAGACAUAAUUGUCUCCUAUCCCCCACUACGAAGACUUUUAAGCUCAAGUCUUCGCUGAGCAUUAAUAAUUUAAUAUUAUAUUUCUAUAUAUAGGCUCUCUUGGUUAAAAGAUUGUUAUUAUUAUCAGUCUUCCUAAAAGUUUUUACGACGACCAUGUCGGGUCUGCGUUUGUGUUUACUCUCAUCAGUCUUACUCUCUUGUUUUUUAAAAUCAAGCUUCUUCUUAACGAUAGAUGCUCUUGUUACUGGUCUUUCUGCUUGCCGUCCCGAUCAGAUCCAAGCCCUUAUGCAAUUCAAGAACGAGUUUGAUUCCCGCGGUUGCAACCACAUAGACUAUGUUAAUGGUGUCCGGUGCAAUAACGUGACUGGUGCUGUCAACAAACUACAACUCCCAAGUGGCUGUCUCCGUGGAACUCUGAAGCAGAACAGUAGCCUCUUCAGAUUGCACCAUCUCCGUUACCUUAAUCUCUCCAACAACGACUUCACCUCCUCUUCCCUCCCUUCGGGUUUCGGAAAUCUCAGCAAGUUAGAGGUUUUAUCUCUUUCCUCUAAUGGUUUCAUUGGUCAACUUCCUUCCUCAUUUAGUAACCUAAGCCACCUUUCCUAUUUGGACCUUUCCCAAAACGAGUUCACCGGUAGUUUUCCACUUGUACGGAAUCUAAGCAAGCUCUCUUAUUUAAGGCUUUUCGAUAAUCGUUUCUCUGGAGCUCUAAAUCCCGACAGUAACCUCUUCGGGUUACAUAAUCUCCGUUACCUUAGUCUCGCUCACAACGACUUCACCUCCUCUUCGUUCCUUUCCGGAUUCGAAAAACUCAGUAAAUUAGAGUUCUUGCUUCUUUCCUUUAACGGCUUCAAUGGCCAAGUACCGUCCUCAAUUAGUAACCUCAGUCAGCUUUCCGUUUUAGCUCUUGACGAGAACGAGCUCACCGGUAGUUUCCCAUUUGUACACAACCUAACAAAGCUUUCGGGUUUGGGGAUUGUCAAUAAUAACUUCACUGGAACCAUCCCUUCUUAUAUCCUCAGUAUGCCUUUCCUGUCAGAUGUUGAUCUACGUGGAAACCAUUUCACCGGUUCUAUUGAAGUUCCCAACUCCUCUUUCUCAUCUAUGCUCGAGCAUCUGCUCCUUGGGUAUAACCAGUUUGACGGACAAAUCCUAGAACCUAUCUCAAAGCUCAUCACCCUCAUAGAUCUUGACCUUUCUUUCAUAAACAUAAGCUACCCAAUUGACAUUAGAAUCUUCUCCUCUCUUAAAUCUUUGAUGCAACUUGAUCUCUCCGGUAAUAGUAUAUCACCGACCAGUUUAAGCUCAGAUUCAGGGUUCCCACUAAAGAACCUGCAAAACUUAUUCUUGACUGAUUGCAACAUCCAAGAGUUCCCAAAAUUAUUAAAAACCCUUCAAAACUUGGAAUUUUUGGACAUUUCCAAGAACAGAAUCGGAGGGAAGGUCCCUGAAUGGUUCUGGAUUCUUCCUCGUCUCAGUGCGGUGAGUCUUGCCUUGAAUCUUUUCACUGGAUUCGAAGGUUCAGCGGAAGUUUUAGUGAAUUCAUCAGUGCAAUUCCUAGAUUUGGCCGUAAACCGUUUUAAAGGAGCAAUUCCAAUUCCACCGCUCGCUAUCAACGCCUUAGAAGCACGAGGCAAUUAUUUCACGGGAAACAUACCUCUCUCAAUAUGCAGUCGAAGCUCUCUGGUUGUUCUCGAUCUAUCUUUCAACAACCUCACCGGUUCAAUUCCUCAGUGUCUAAGUAACUUUGAGGUAGUGAAACUUCGAAAGAACAACUUGGAAGGAAGUAUUCCAGAUGUGGGUGCCCCCAUGCACGCACUUGAUGUUGGCUACAAUCGACUAACCGGGAAGCUUCCAAGGUCUCUUCAAAAUUGCUUCUCUCUGCAGUUACUAAGUGUUGACAACAACAGAAUCGAAGACACGUUUCCUUUCUGGCUCAAAGCUUCACAUGAUUUGCAAGUCCUUACCCUUCGUUCAAACAGAUUCUAUGGUCCUAUCUCUCCUCCUGAUCAAGGUCCUUUAGGGUUCCCAGAGCUGCGGAUAUUUGAGAUAUCAGAUAACAACUUCACUGGAAACGUGUCAGCAAAUUAUUUUUUGAACUGGAAAGCACCAUCACUCAAGAUGAGUAUAAAUGGUAGGCUGUAUAUGUCAGACUACAACCAUGCGUACUUUGUCGAUGAAGAUGCUGUAGAUUUGCAAUACAAAGGUCUAUCCAUGGAGCAAGGAAAGGUCCUCACUUCCUACAUGGCCAUUGAUUUUUCUGGAAACAGACUUGAAGGACAGAUUCCUGAAUCCAUUGGUCUCUUGAAGGCAUUGAUUGCACUCAACUUAUCAAACAACGUAUUCACAGGUCAUAUUCCUCUGUCUUUGUCCAACGCUACAGUGCUCGAGUCACUAGACCUAUCAAGCAACAAACUCUCAGGGACAAUUCCUAACGGGAUAGGAAGUCUCUCGUUUUUGGAGUACAUAAAUGUGUCGCAUAACCAACUCAAGGGUGAAAUACCACAAGGACCACAAAUUACUGGGCAACCUAAAUCCUCCUUUGAAGGGAAUGCAGGGCUUUGUGGUCUUCCUCUAGAACAAAGUUGCUUCAACUCUAGUGUGACGCCGAUACAACCAAAGCAAGAAGACAAAGAUGAAGAAGAAGAGGUGUUGAACUGGAAAGCAGUGGCUAUAGGGUUUGCUCCUGGAGUAUUGUUUGGAUUGGCCAUAGCACAACUCAUUGCUUCAUACAAGCCAGAAUGGCUCGCCAAAAUUAUUGGUCCCUAAAAGCGCAAACACCGUUAGAGGGUUGACAUGGUUUUACAUCUGAUCUUUGAAUGUCAAUCAAGUAGCUCUGGUUUUGUAAUAAAGCAUAUCAUGUACCAAACAUUGUAACAUACUACACAAACUUCAGACCU